CUGUAAACUGCGUUUAAGUAUGAUUUUGUUUUCACUUGUGAGGAAAGAGCACGUUAAAAGACAUUCCUGCACGCAUGUUUAGUGACAUUUCGGUAAAUGGAUGCUUCUGCAGUUAUUUACGUUCAGUUGAGAUCUUAGUCACGCGCUCAACCGUAGUGAUUUGGCGGACAAUAUUGAUGCGAUUUUACUAUUGAUUUCUUCGGAAGAUAACUCCUUAUUGCUUGCAUACAAAGUUAUUAAAAUCAUCCUUUUUUUCCUCAUUCUUUUUUUCGUCUCUAUCGUAUAAGUGUUAUGUCAGUUGUAUUGUUGCUUCUGAGCUUAUUCAGAGACACCUAGGUUAUCAGACAAUUUCGUGGUUAUCUGUCGUAAUCGCAUUGUGAAAGAGAGCAAGCAAACGGAAUGCUAGGAGAACAGGAACUGAUCUCUUUGCGCAUGACACUGGAGAGUCAAAAUUUUAUCUCUAAGGUUGGAAUUUAUAACAGAUAGGAAGCUUACUUUUUUAAGUUUUCAAGGUAUAAAAAAAAAAAAAAAAAAAAAAAAAAAAAAAGAUAUGUGCUUGUAAUUUAUAAUACUUAACCAUAAAGCAUUUUCCUGUGAUGUGGUGCCUAAAUUUUCGACGUUUGCUGUGGAAACUUUUGCAAUUUUUGUGGUGACUUUCACAUUGUAUUUUAUGUGCGAUGUGAUUUAUGAUACUCACGUAAUUGCAGAAUAACGAAAUGCAAUAUUUCUUUUAAUGAAUUUGUGUCUCUAGUGAAUUCGGUUGUUAAUAAAAGUGGAAGUGAAAAAUGCCUGGAGUCAUUGAAAAUCAUGAUCGACAAAGCCCUGUAGUUAACCACAGGAGAGGUGCUAGUAAUUCGUUUGAUGAGAAAUUUCAGUCAAAUCAAAACAUGAAAGGUGGAUCCCGGAAUCGAUAUCCUAAUGGCUAUAGCCCAGAUCAAAUGAGUGAUGUUGUGGAUGAUAGUAGCCCACGUUAUUUAUUAGAACACCUGGCAACUUUCUCAGUUGGAUCAGAAUUUGGUUUAGUAUCUCCAAAAGAUGGCCUUCGUCGUCUGUUACAAAUGGAAAAAACUAAUGGCAUUUGGACUCAGAAAAUGCAGAUGAAACUUGACAAAAACUGGGUUCUUAUUUUAGAUUAUGAAGAUGGAGAUGUUGUGGAAAAGUUCCCUAUGAACUUAAUCAGUGACCCUACUGCAUAUACUAGUGAUGAUCCUCGUGAACUGUACAAUAACAUUCUAGUUUUCAUUGUAAGAGAAGACCCAAAGAGCAAGAACCCUAACCAGUCAGAGAUGCACAUAUUUCAGUGUGCCAGAGUUUAUGCUCAAGAUGUAGUUGAUGAAAUGAAAAUGUAUAUGUCAGGCAAAGUUAGAGCAAAAACCACUGAAAAUAUUAGACAUUUGCCACCACCUCCUCAUAAUCCACCUCCUGAUCCGCCAAUCAAUGGUAAUAGUUCUAAAGUUCGGGACCAAGUUGCUAUGUUUAGUGCUUCUGCAUCAUCAACACCACCUAUACAUUCUUCUGGUCCAAGAGGUGGUUCAGUUCUUCAACAACGAAUUGAGAGAGCAGCAGCAGGCUAUGCACGUGAGUCAAAUGAUGAAACCAGUUCAACAACUAGUGACAAAUAUGAGAGAGAAGUGACAAUCCUGAAUCAUUGUUUUGAUGACAUAGAGAGAUUUGUAGUGAGACUUCAGCAUGCAGCUGCAGCCUACAAAGAACUUGAACGACGUCAGAAGAAUAGAAAACACAAAAAAAAGGAUAUGGGUGAUGGUAUGUUAAGUAUUAGAGCAAAACCACCUCCUGAAAGGGAAUUUGUUGAUGUCUUGCAAAAGUUCAAGUUGUCAUUUAACUUGCUGGCAAAACUAAAAAGUCAUAUACAUGAUCCCAAUGCUCCAGAAUUAGUACAUUUUCUUUUUACCCCUCUUGCUCUAAUCAUUGAUGCAGCUCGUGAUUCUAAUCAUAAUGCCAAUCUUGCAGCUAAUGUUGUCAGUCCUCUGCUUACAAGAGAUGCAAUAGAGCUUUUGGCUAAUUGUUGUACUUCCAAGGAAACUGAUUUAUGGCACAGUCUGGGAGAUUCUUGGAUUAUUCCAAGGGAUCAGUGGAAAGGCUAUGAAAGCAAUUACAGGCCAGUUUUCUCUAAUGGAUGGGCACCUGAAAAUCCUUUAGAAGAUGGUGGUUCAAUUGCUCAAAGAAUACAGAGACCUGAGCCUGACCUGAGGGAACAGGAUUACCAACGAGUUUUCAGCCAUCCAGAGCGGGAUAGUCGCUAUGGAAGUGAAUAUUUUGGUAGUGAACGAGGUGAUGACAAUGACAGGAAUGAGUCUCCAGGAGUUGUACCAGAUCACCACCCUCAUUUGCGUCCUGGUUUUGACCGCCCUUAUGAACAUAUGCCCUCUGCAUCACGAAGAGAUUUUAUAGACAGAGGAAAUGCUAUGUCUCCUGAAUCAGAUUUUCAUGAUCCUAGGGACAGAGAUAUGAGAUCAGAAUUUAGCUCUGAUUCUAUCGAACAUUCUGAGCUGCCUUUGAGCCCUGAGCGUCAGUUUGAUCGACAGCAAAUGCAGUGGCUUGAAGAUCUUAAAAGUAGGAGAGCAAAAAUUGUUCAAGUGGUAUAUCCAAGGACUGCAAACAAUGAGAAAGAAUUGACUGUUAUUAGAGGCGAAAUUUUAGAAAUUUUAGAUGAUAGUCGGAAAUGGUGGAAAGCUAGAAAUAUGAGAGGUCAAAUAGCUCACGUGCCACACACAAUAGUGACACCAUAUCCUUCUCUAGAUGAUGACAUAUUCAACAAUCCAGUGUAUGGAUCAAGGAGUGCUAGAGAAAGUUAUUAUAGCACUGAGGGUUCUCCUUCAAAAGAACAUUAUGUUGAUGAAGGUACUACCCGAUCUCAGGAAGCAUCACGGUCUCCAUCAUCUGGUAUUUCUCGUCCAGCGCCUGCUGAUUGGGUACGCCGUGAGCGCCAGGUGAUACCUAUAGUGGAUAAUUCAGACGAAUUCGAACUGCCGUUACCUUCACCACCACCAGUUCAUAGCAUACCAUCAUCUCCAACAUUACGAGAUUCUACACCUGAUUUUUCUCCCCCACCUGCGUACGUCGAUACUUCGCACGAGUUCAAAACUUUUCUGCCUAACAAUGCAACUGAAAAAACCCAUCACAAUAAUCUUGAAAGAUCUGAUUCCAACUUCUCUAAAGAUGUUAAAGAUAAAACCAUAGCUCCGAAACCGCAGAUAUUUUCAUCACAGCCAAAGUCUCCCAAGGAGCAGAUUGAAUCAUCUCCUGUUGCUAGUACAAGUAAUACGCCCACACUGAUAGGAAUCAAACAGCCAGAUAGGUCUUUCAGUCUUGAUUCUGCUUCUAAUAAAGACAGUGCUCUUGAAUCAUUCCAAGAAGAAUUGAAAGCUUCUUUAGCUCAGAAGAAGGGUAUAAGAGUCUGGAAGAAGAUCACAUGUCCAGAACAUCACGUCACUGAUUGCUAUUACAUAAACUUGAAUUCCACUGAUGCAGAAGUUGCACAUUGGAUGAAAUUGAAAGGUUUCAGUGAGAGAGCUCAAGAGAUGCUGAAGGACAUGUCUAUUGAGAUGCUAUUCAAGUUACAAAAAACUCAGCUUGAAAAAUAUCUCGGUGAUGAAGGCUCAAAAGUUCAUAGUUAUUUAUUAAUUCAAAAGAACAUGUGUGGAUAUAAAACUUGCACUUCCAAAGAACUGUCGUUAAUCUUGGCAGAACGAAGAGAGAAAGCCGAAGUCUUCUGAACAAUUAAUUUAGCUUAACGAGCUGAAAGCCAGAAUCUUGUGUUAUAUAAAUUCAUUCCAGAUGCUAAUGUAUAUGUAAAUGAUUAUAAAAGGUGUUUCCUUUAAGAUAGUUCUGAAUGUUUUAUUCAGAACUUUCUGCAGAAAAAAUAAAUGUUUUGAGCAAAAUAAUGAAAAAUGAAGAACAAAGACAAAUCUUGUAUAUUUUAAGUAAACAGUGUUGCCAUUUUUUAUUGUGAAUUAAAGUUACCUGUGGUUUUUUUUUUAA